AUGGCUAAUUUGAAACGCUGCGGCCUUUAUUCUAUGAGUAUGCUGUGGUACACUGUAGGAUGUGUUAGUACUCGGUGUAGAUCAGUGAAGUGUGUUCUAUGCUUAGCUUUUUUCAAAGAGGAAUUCCGUAGUCCGGGAGAAAAAGAUCUCCCGAAAGAUAUUAUGACUAAGUUUUUCGAAAUAUCAUCAAAAUGUCGAUCGUUUAAUUCUGUCCUGAUUAAGGCAAUAGUAUCAAUAUUUUGCACAGGCAGCAGCAGAUUCACUAUUCUGACAACCUUGUGUGACUUGAAAAAUACAGAGAAGCUCAUCCCUUUAAGUAACAUGGCCUUUAUAAUAUAUACAUAUGAAGAAGUAGAAGAAGAAGGAGAAGGAGAAGGAGAAGGAGAAGGAGAAGGAGAAGGAGAAGGAGAAGGAGAAGGUAUGUAUUAUAUAAGAGUAAGGACAAGGACAAGAAUCCACUUUCCCAUCUACAAGACAUCCGAGGACUGCCUUUAA